AUGGCCCCCGCGUUUGCCCCCAAAGUCAGCCAGGUUCUGAUGACCCCAGAGCCACACUACCUCCCUGGCACUCCUCCGGGUCUGGCUUUUGCGACCUCGGGGGCAGAGGAGUGGGACAAAGCCCUUGGCUGGGACUUCUGCAACGGGGGAUUCAUUCCCAGGGCUCAGAACCACUUUGCCAAGACCUACGGGGAAAUCUGCAAGCAGGCCUGGCUGGACUUUGUGCCACACCUGGAGCAGGGCGCCCGCGGCCAGGGUCAAGCGUGGGAGGCCAUUGGAGGCCCCCGGCUAGAAGCGAGACCUCUCCCUGGGUCUGCUGCUGCUGCUGCUGCUGCCGCCGCCGCCCCCCCAGCUUUCCAGCACCCGGGAUCGCCUCUUGCGCUGGAGAGGUGCAGCCCCCAGGCGACGUUUGUUUCAGGCUUCACCGGCUUUGUGCCUCGCAUCCAGUUCCUGAUUGGAGGUAGCUACCCCAUCCUCGCCCACCAGGCAAUGGCGGAGUCCGACCAGAUGCUCCGCAAAACGGGGCGAGAUUCUUCACGGAGGGGGGAAGCCCUCCCUGCCCUGGCCAAGACGUACCCCCUGGACAGGGGCCUCCUGCCGCACUACAGAGGUUACGUGCCAGGUUACAAGUUCCAGUUUGGCCACACCUACGGCCACCUCACUCGUGACGCCCUGGGCCUAACCACUCUGGAGAAGCAGGGGCUGGACGUUACGCAGUAGGGGACCCCACGGCUCCCCCUCCGAGGGCCACCUCGCCCUCCUCCACCGGGGGAGCCGGAUCCAGAGGCUCUCCAGAACACCCAAGGCGGCUGCUGGGUCCCUGGGCUGGCUGGCUUUGGGGCUACUUCCUGGGGGAUGCCAUUUCUGGGGUUCUUGAGCUGUCAGUCUUGCAGAUAAGGGGGCGGAUGGGAAACCUUGGCGUUCCCGAAAGACCCGGAGGAGUUCCCGGGAGCCCAGAUUUCCUGGCUGGGAGAGGCAGAAUCGCAAGCAUUUUUAUUUACCCGGGGCUGCUGGCCGCUUCUGAGCACCUUGGGCAAGACGCGGAAGCGGCCUGGCUGAGCCCAAAGGAACGUCUCGGGGCCUCUGGGAGAUUCCCUCCUCAACCGGGCACGUGUGCUUGAGCUAGAGGCUGGCUAUGCCCCGUUGCCACACUGGGUUCCUCUCUCCCCUCAAGGAUGAGGCUUGCAGCUUGGGUGGCUUCGGGAUCCCUCUCUGACGUCCUGUGGCACAAAGGACCUUUCACCAGCUCAGGUGCACCCACUGGCAAAAGCCUGCCUCACGGUGUUGAUCCUCGCCUUGGUAACCGCAAUCUGUUAUAUGCCAGGCUGCCCUUGAUGGCUGCUGAAACCCAUUUUGGUUGCUGCCAUCAGGGCAUUGCAGGAAAGGAUGUGCCCAAGGCUGCUUCCUGCCACGGUUCUAUCCUGGUGGCACAGCUCUCCUGUCCUGGGAACGGAUGUGCCGUGCCUUCAGCCCAGAGGGGUUGUUGCGAAGGUGCAAGUCAAACCAUGGCUUCCAGGACUCUAAGCCGUAAUGGUGCCAUGAGAAACAAGCCAAGCCACUGGCAAACUGCAUCACCACAAGCCGUGGGGCUUCAUCCCCACUUCUUUGGCAGCAGCUAAGCAUACGCCACCUCAGGUGCCCAGGAUCAGAGGCAGCCUGCCCUUCCCUGUGGGGCCCCAGGCAGUUCUCUGCCAGCCAAUCCCUGGCACCUUCGCUGUUCCUCCUGCUCUGCCUGAUGGGUGCUGCCCACGGAAAAGGAACCCUUUACAGCACUGGUGAUGGUCGGGGGGGCAGGUACUGAGGGAAGAAAAGGGUUGCUGCCUCUUUUACCAGGCCUGGGUGAGGUGUAUAAAGGCCAUUUUUACCCCGAAAUAAGCCAGAUCCAGUUGGCCAGGUGCACAAAAAAACCUGGCCGGAUGAGACCACCACGCUGCUCCAGCCCCUCAACCUGCCAGCGCCGCUGAGCUUCUUGCGCACGCAGCCCGCUGAGUUGGUUUAGGGCGCAUUACAUUCCAAGAGCCUGGAAAAGGAGUGAAUUCAGUUGCCAAGGUCGGCCCGUUGCCCUGCCCCAUCGGGCACGGAUUCUGCCUGCGGGUGGCACAGCGAGAGCCUCCUCCCAGCCCCCCGGCUCCCCUUCCCCUCUGUUCUUGGCCGUGUCCUGCUUUGUGGCAGGCUGGCCCACAAGCCGUUCGGAGAGCGGGAAAGCCGACGGGCCUUCCCUGGGCUCACGUGAGGGGCUCCCAAAAGGGAUGCCAACCCAGCUGCUACAUUUCAGAACGAAGCACCGAGAUGGCUCUGACUGUCUCGCGGGGAGGGGGGCUUGUGGGGGGGCAGCCAAUGUCUUGGCCCUGCAAGGAAGCCAGGGAGAAUCACCGGGCACGGCUGCUGAGGGAGCUCUCAAUCAGCACCUUUUUUAUUAAUAUGUGUCAUAAAUAAAGAAAUAAAUAAAGGCGAGACACCCUGUUCUAAUGCCGGAAGUAUAAAUUAAAUAUGGCGCCACCCUCACAACACCAGCAGGAGCAAAUCCUGCAGAGUGGACAAGGCGGGCGGGCAAGAGCCCCAAAUACUGAAUGACACUGCCCACUGGGUGCAGGGAGGGGGAGCCCCUUCCUGCCCGUUGGUCAGAACGCAACCCAGGAAAAACAGCGAAGGCUGCAACCCCCCCACGCAAAAUCCCUCUCUCCAUCAAGUGGCAGGAGGUUCCACCGACAUCACCCUACUUGUGCCUCGGGGGCCCUUCAGUUGCGGCGCCCGUGCAGGGCUUCAAAGCCUCCGCCCUUGACAGGAGAGGUGGCCGGUCACACACUUUUCUCCCAAUGUGGGCCUGUCCUCCAAUGGAGGCUGACCCCGACCAACCCCGUCUGCACACAUGCACGGAGGCCGCACUGCUCCCCACCAGCAGUCUCGCCUCCCCUCCCUCCCUCCCUCCCU